AUGCUAUCCCAACACCAGGUCACGGAUCUAGUCGAUAAGGGGUUCGUUGUUGCAUCCCCCAACUAUCGACUUUGCCCGACAAUCACUGUCCAUGACGGGCCAGUGACUGACGCUUUGGACGCCUAUGAUUGGUGCCAGACAAAGCUACCUGAUCUACUGCAGAACGAUGCUGGGAUCACUGUUGACGGCUUUCGGAUCGUCACUUUUGGCCAAUCUUGCGGUGCUGCAUUGGCACUUUCAACGGCUGCAUUACCCAACCCUCCCCUUGCUAUUCUUGACUUGUACGGCAUGAAGUAUUUCAACGAUCAGUCAUUCCAUACUGCUCUGCCCCCUCCUCCCACGGACAGUCCGACGUUUGAAAACAGCUUUUUGAGCCAAAUAUGGAAGGACGUUCCUCCUCCGAGUAGCGCGCCUCCUCCCAUGGGACCCGCUGGACCAGAUUUUAGCAACCCCCGUGUCGCAUGGAUGUUUGACGUCCUGGGUAAGGGCUUAUUAAUGAAAGAGGUGGUGAGAGAUGGAAACUAUGAACGCGUAGACCCCGCGAGAUUAUUUUCCAAGGGUCGAUUCCCACCGACCUACUUCAUCCACGGUGCAAAGGAUUUCCUAGUCCCAGCAGAACUUUCGCAGCGGGCUCACGACGAGCUGGAGAACGCCGGGGCGGAAACUGAGCUUGUUAUCAUUGAAGGAGGCCAGCAUGGGUUCGAUGAAAGUGCAGAGCCUGGAAGUUACGUAUUUGAUGUUGUAAGCAAAGGAUUCGAGUUCCUUCGGACUCAUGCAGAAAUUUAA